GUGACACUCUAGUACUUACUACUCACACACAGCAAAGUUCUUUCCAUCCCUUUUGGAGAAGCGAGUGACGCAAAACACAGAAGUCUCUCGGUUAACAUCUGUGGGUCAAAUCCCGAGACCGUUCGCAACCAUGUCCAUGAACGUGACGGGCAUUUCCCAGGGGCCGGUCUGCGAUCUGAGGGCCGGAGUCCUGGAGAAGGUCGUCCUCCCUUGUCUGUACACCGUCAUCAUCUUUGUGGGGGUCCCGGCCAACUUCUUGGCCACCUGGAAGUUCAUGCAACAGUCCCACCGUCGACACGGUGUCCUCAUCUACCUGAUGAACCUGUCCAUGGCUGACCUGAUCAGCUGUCUGGCUCUGCCCUUCCGGGCGGCCCUGCUCCUCUGGGGGGACGGGUGGAACGAACGUUCGGUGGUCUGCACCACUUUCAUGAUCAUCGUCAACUUCAGCUUCUACUACACGGUCAGCUGCAGCACCGUCUUCCUGGCGUUCACCAGCGUCAGUCGCUACGCCAUGAUCGUCAAGCCCAACAACCGCCGGCUCAACCGCUUCUAUGAGACGGGCUUCGCCAAGUGGGGUUGCGGCCUGACCUGGGCGCUCACCGUCCUCCCCGUCCUCUCCCUCAACCUCAACUACUUCAUCAGCGAGAUGGCCAACACUCUGCCCGAGGAGCAGGAGGGGGACAGGGUAUGCUACAGCAUGCGGCUGCAGUACGGCAAGAGGGUGUCGGCCAUGGGUUUCGCCACAGUGGCCGUCCUCUUCCUCCUGCUCUUAGCCGCCUUCGCCUUCUCCUACGCCUCCAUUGCGCUGCACCUGUGCACCAUCAGGAGGCGCUCCCUCAGCCAGCGCAACCGUGUGAUUCACGUGCGGGCGCAGAUGAUCAUCAUCGCCGCCAUGACGGGCUUCGUGGUGUGCCACCUGCCCUACCACGUCUACCAGCUGGUGACCAGCCUGCGGAGACUCAGUGACAUCCACUGCCAAUGGCUGCUGGACACCCAUCACGUCAAGCUCAUCACCCUGUGGUUCGUCUCGCUCAGCAGCUGCCUGAACCCCAUUCUGUAUUACCUCCUCUCCAAGUCCUUCGUGGAGGGCAGGAGGUGAUUGGGAUUGCGCGAUGGAGAGA